AUGGCCGCCAAGGUUGACACGAACGAUACGCUGGCGUGCACUUACGCCUGUCUUAUGCUCAACGACGCCGGCUUGCCCAUCACGGCGGAGAGCAUCGAGGCUGCGUGCACCGCGGCUGGUCUGGAGGUGCGCAACACCCUGCCUAUCCUUUUCGCUCGCUUCCUCGAGAAGAAGCCGCUGGAGAGCCUCCUCGCCGUCGCUGCGGCGGCGGCCCCCGCCGAGGGCGCCGCGGCUGCUGCCGCCGCAGGUGGUGCUGCCCCCGCUGCCGCCGCCGCCGCCGCCGCCCCUGCAAAGGAGGAGAAGGAGGAGGAGGACGACGACGACAUGGGCUUUGGCCUCUUCGACUAG